AUGGAUCUGCAGCGGCCAGAAGACGAUCUAGAGGGUGGCCUCGAUGACUUGUGGAAUGCGGUGGAAGAGCUCGCUCGGGAUGAAGCCAGUGAAGAGCAGCGGCGACAGGAGUAUAUGGAGAAGCAGGCCAGACGGGCUCAGGAGCAGCGCGCUGCCAUGGACCUGUCAAUUCGGGCCAUGGCAGGAGAGCUCUUGGCGGAGCUCACAGUGAAUGGCAACUGCACAGCUGGCCAGCUCGCUGAAGAGCUCGGGAAGCUUGUGCCGCCCCUCCCGCAAACUGAGUAUCGCCUUGCAGUAGAGACCGAGGCGCUGCAGCCGAGCGACCGUCUCUGCGAGCACGUGUGUGAUGGUGCAGAGCUGACAGCGUUGGUGGUGGAGUCCGUGGCUGGCGAGUACUACUGCCAGGCAAACUCCACCCGAGGAAUCACAUUGUGCCUGGAAGGAAGUCGUCGGGCUCGUUGUCAGGCAGAGAGGAAGGUUGGAGGCUUAUCCUUCCUUCACCGUGCUGAAGGUCACUGGCAGGAGUGCUUCUCCGGUGACCUGACCUCCGUGCAGAUUACGCUGGACCAAGCGAUUGGUGCAAUGGAAGACUUUGUGGUGAGUCAUGAGCUGGAGAUGGAAAAGUUGCACGAUGGAGAUCUGAGAGUGGUAAAAGGUGAGAUCCGAGGAGGUGGUCAGCUGGAUCCCAACAUGCUCAUGGGGGCCCCUGGAAACGUCUUCAGCCGAUUCUGA